AAUGCAGGGGCUCUUCUGCAAAUUUCGAGCCAACCCCUCUCGCUCCGCUAUAAGUUGCUCCCUAGGGUUUCCACCGCGCCGCCACUUCGUCCCGAGUCUCAGCUCCGCAGCCCCCAAGCGCCGCCGCCGCUUCGCCGCUAGACGCCCACCGCGCAGCCAUGGCGGAACAGACUGAGAAGGCUUUCCUCAAGCAGCCUAAGGUUUUCCUCAGCUCAAAGAAAUCUGGUAAGGGUAAGAAGCCUGGCAAGGGAGGCAACCGGUUCUGGAAGAGCAUUGGCCUUGGCUUCAAGACUCCCAGGGAAGCAAUUGAAGGGACCUACAUUGACAAGAAAUGCCCAUUCACUGGAACCGUUUCUAUCAGAGGCAGAAUUAUUGCUGGAACGUGCCACAGUGCUAAGAUGAACAGAACCAUCAUUGUUCGCAGGAACUACCUCCACUUUGUUAAGAAAUACCAGAGGUAUGAGAAGAGGCACUCCAACAUUCCAGCUCACAUCUCCCCAUGCUUCCGUGUGAAGGAAGGUGACCAUGUCAUCAUUGGCCAGUGCAGGCCGCUGUCAAAAACUGUGAGGUUCAAUGUCGUUAAAGUCAUUCCAGCUGGAUCUGCUGCCGCGGGCAAGAAGGCUUUCACCGCAGCCUGAGUUUAGACUAUGUUCCAUGAGUAGUCUAUAGAAUGAUGUCUUUUUUGUUAAAAAAAAUCCCUGCUAGGCUGGUGCCUUCCGACUGUGGUUUGGAGAUUCCUAUCUCAAUGAAGUCCCAUCAUCUGAACAUGUUACUAUUUAUUGUACCUUGUCGUGCAAAGUUUUGCUAAGAUCUAUAUUGUUUCGUGUCUGUUGAUGUU